CGUAACGUCAAGCACAGAGGCGGAUCUAGUUAUGUCGUUGCGAUGUUUGAUUGGAUAGCGUCUGUAUGGCGUCGUUAGGUUGAUUCACGUUAAUUWAUUUUGUUGUGAUAAAAGGUUUAGCUAGCUCCCGGGACUUUUUCUUCAAUCGUAUUAACCAGAAAGUAAAAUUGUUCUGUUCAUCAUUUGCGAGGAUGAGUGGCGGAGUGUAUGGAGGCGAUGAGGUUGGAGCCCUAGUGUUUGACAUAGGCUCUUACACAGUGAGAGCCGGGUAUGCUGGAGAAGAUUGUCCCAAGGCGGACUUCCCCACGGUGAUGGGCGUGACCCUGGACAGGGAGGAUGGUGGCGCCCCGAUGGAGACGGACGGCGGGGACAAGGGCAAGCAGGGCACCAACUACUUCAUCGACACCAACCAGCUGAGGGUGGCCCGCGAGAACAUGGAGGUCAUGUCACCGCUCAAAAACGGCAUGAUCGAGGACUGGGACAGCUUCCAGGCCAUUCUAGACCACACCUACAAGAUGCACUUCAAGUCGGAGCCCAGCAUCCAUCCUGUACUCAUGUCAGAAGCCUCGUGGAACACACGAGCCAAGCGGGAGAAGCUAACCGAACUGAUGUUUGAGCAUUACAACAUUCCUGCCUUCUUCCUGUGCAAAACGGCGGUGCUGUCUUCCUUUGCCAACGGACGAUCCACAGGGUUGGUGUUAGACAGCGGAGCCACACACACCACAGCCAUUCCAGUGCAUGAUGGUUAUGUGCUUCAGCAAGGCAUCGUCAAGUCUCCCCUUGCUGGAGACUUUAUGAGCAUGCAAUGUAGAGAGCUAUUUCAAGAGUUAAAUGUUGAAAUAGUCCCUCCUUACAUGAUUGCAUCAAAGUCCGUGCUGCAGGUUUCAGACUCGCCGUAUGAUGAACAAGUUGCAGCCCAGAUGCCCACGGUUCACUACGAGCUGCCCAAUGGAUACAACUGUGACUUUGGGGCAGAGAGGCUGAAGAUUCCAGAAGGCCUUUUUGACCCUUCCAAUGCCAAGGGUCUGUCUGGCAACACCAUGUUGGGAGUCGGCCACGUGGUGACCACCAGUGUGGGAAUGUGUGACAUCGAUAUUCGGCCGGGUCUUUAYGGUAGYGUGGUGGUCACCGGCGGCAACACACUCAUCUCGGGCUUCACGGACCGACUCACCAGAGAACUCUCUCAGAAGACCCCUCCUAGCAUGAGGCUGAAAUUGAUAGCCAACAACACAACGGUGGAGCGCAGGUUCAGUGCCUGGAUAGGAGGCUCCAUCUUGGCAUCACUA